UGCUCUUUGGAGCUGCAGCUCCCACCUGUGCCUUGAGCACCGACACCAAAUGCUGCCCUGGGCUCUGCUAGGUGCAGGAGCUCCCCACUCCCUGACACAGACCUCAGCUUUGGGCCACUCAAGGUCUGUACAGGGGCUCUGGAGGCUGCACUUUAAGUAAUGGAUGCAUUUGCCCACUCUCAGCAUUUAUCAGUCCCAGUUUGUUGUCCAGGUCCAUCCAGGUGUCUUUGAAGAGGCAAACAGGGGCAGAUUUGGUUCUUUUCCUCCCUGCCAGCUCGGGGACCUCUCUCCCUGCUGGUCCAGCUGUCCGGGCCUCCCUGCCCGCAGCAGCUGCCCCAUGCCCACAGGGACUCCUCCCAGCUUUCCUUCCCACUCCGAGUCCUGGCUGCUGCAUCCCUGUGUAAGCAGGGGUGGACUAUUUGCCCUGUUACCCUUGAAGCAGCCAAGCUCCCAGCUCUGAGCUGCUGAAUGGAAUUCAGCUGUGACCAAUUCACGUGGCAGGCGAGAUGCAGGAAGCGCGGCGGAGGAGAGGGAAGACCCUCCCUUUAAGGGGGAGGAGGCAGCAGCAUUUCGCCCGCAGUGCAAACGACAGGCCCUGCUCCCGUCCCGCUUUCAGUUUCGUUUCCCACCAGUGCCUCCUCCUUGCCCUCAGCGCUGUCUCGAGGCUCAGGCGCCAUGGCCGAGGCGGGUGCUGCGGCCAGGCUGAAGGACGAGCUGACCUGCCCCAUCUGCCUGGACAUUUACAGGAACCCCGUGUCCCUGGGGUGCGGUCACAGCUUCUGCGAGGAGUGCAUCCAGAAGGAGCAGAAAUGCCAGCAGGGCUCUUCCAGGUGCCCCCUCUGCCUUUCCCCCGCAGGCCUCACUGAGGAGCUGAAGCCCAACUUCCAUCUCCGCAACAUAGUGGAGAACUUUUUGGAUGCUUCUGUUCAUCAAGAGGAGGAAAAGCAGGAAGUGCAAUGCAAAGAGGAGGAGGAAAGUUUGGGGCAGCAAGCGGAGGUGAUCCUGUGUGAUUUCUGCCUUCAGGAGCCCCAUCCAGCUGUGAAGACUUGCCUGACCUGCGAGGCCUCUCUGUGCCAAGCCCACCUGAGCAAGCACAGCACAAAGAACACCCAGAAGAACCACGUCCUGGUGGAGCCCUGUGGUGCCCAGGUUUUGGCUGAGAGGAAAUGCCCCCAGCACGGCAAAUUGCUGGAAUGCUACUGCGAGAUGGACAAGGUCUGCAUCUGCCUGCUGUGCUCUGUCCUCAGCUCCCACAGGGAGCACAAGAUCAUCAGUUUGGAGGAGGCUUUUGGCCAAGCCCAGCGUGUUCUUCCCAAAACUCUAGAAGAGGUGAAAAACUAUGAAGCUGCGCUGGAUAGAAGCAUAGCAAACCUGCUGGAACAAGCAGAGGAAGUAAAGACUAAGGAGAGUCUGCAGAGGGAACAGCUGGAGAGCCUAUUCAAAGAGAUCAGUCUGCAGCUAGAGAAAAAAAAAAGUGAGAUCCUGAAAGCUCUCAGUGACUAUGAGAACCAAGAAGUUUCUCGGAUUCAUAUGGAGUUAAAGAACCACAGAGAGCAGAAGAAUUCAGCCAGCCAUGAUGUUCAGGAGCUGGAGGCUCUGAGAAAUCAGAAAGAUGUACUUCUUUUCACCAGGGCUUUUUCAGCAAUUCAAGCCAGGGAACGCAAGCCAGUUCCUAUCACGGAUGGUGUGAAACUGCCAAACCCACCUAUUGCUUUGGAUAAAGCAAAAACACGCAAUAUUCUAAGCCUUUUCCGACAAUUCCUUUCAAAGAUGGAGUCCUCAAUUAAACCACCACCUGGCGUGCCGUUUUCAACUCCUCACAGUGGUACAGGUGGACCCCAGCAUCCACAUUACCCACCUAGUUUUUCCUCUACCACUGGCUUGUCCUUUGGCUGUAACUCCUUCCAAGGCAGUUCUUCAAAUCCUGGUUUUUCCUCUUCCACUGGCCUCUUUGGCAGCAGCUCUUCAAAUCCUGGUUUUUCCUCUUCCACUGGCCUCUUUGGCAGCAGCUCUUCAAAUCCUGGUUUUUCCUCUUCCACUGGCCUCUUUGGCGGCAGCUCUUCAAAUCCUGGUUUUUCCUCUUCCCCUGGCCUCUUUGGCAGUAGCUCUUCAAAUACUGGCUUUG